AGGCAGAACCACCGAUCCAGGUGAAGUUGCAGCGGGAAAUGUCCCACUGCUGACUCCCAGGCGGCCGGCCAGGCGGCGGCGGUCAGAACGACUCCAGCUGGGCCAGCGAGCGCACUUGAGACGGACCCGGCUUCCGCGACCGCGAGGGCUCACGCGGCGCUGGCGGAGGUGGGGCGGCGGCCCAAGCGAGCAGGCGGAGCAGGGGAAUCAGGAGUGAAAAGUGGGGUGGGGGCCCGAGGAGAAGAUGGACUUCCCCACUUCCCUCCUCUCACGUGCGCCUCGCACGCCCUUCGCCCCGCUCCGGCUCACCCAGCCGCCCCACCAUCACACCCGUGUCCCCCCACCGGCCGCCAACAACUAGACUUUUAAGACCACGCGGAAACGGCCCGGAGGGAGGCGGCCGGCAGCAGUUGGGCGUGGCUUCGUAGGGAGAGGCGGGCCCUGGGGGCGGGGAGAGCCAACGCAACCGUCGGCUGGGACCAGUGAUUGGCUGAGGUGCCUGCGCGAAGCCCGCAAGCGCCUCCGCCCGGACCGGCCGCCCCUCCUCUUCUCCCAGCUGCUGGGUCCGCACUAGCUCGUAAGGGAACCGCUCCGGCGUCACCGCACCCAGCACGGUGAAGACGACGGGACCGAGGGAGGUGGAAGGAAGACACGCUCGCUCGCUCCCACCCGCACCCGGGCCCCCUGAGCCGGCGCGGAGCCCGGGAGGAGGAGCCGCCGCGGGCACGCCCCGCCUCUGGCCCGGGAAGACGACGCCAGCGACCUCGCCGGCCGGCCGCCGCCCCCUUCGCCGGCGGAGACCCGCCCCUGACCCUCCCCCGGCGGCAUGGGGGAGCCCCGCUUCUGACCGCCGGGCCGCGCCUCGGCCCCCGCCCCUCCGCCCGCCCCCGCUCGCAUGUCCGCGCCGCCUUAGCCGAGGAUGCUGAGGAUGAAGCUGCCGCUGAAGCCGACGCACCCCGCGGAGCCGCCGCCCGAGGCGGAGGAGCCCGAGGCGGAUGCGCGGCCGGGAGCUAAGGCGCCGCCGCGCCGCCGCCGCGACUGCCGCCCCCCGCCUCCCGCGGGCCCGCUGCGGGGCCACCCGCCGCCGCCGCCCCGGGGGCUCGGGCCGCCUGUUGCUGGCGGAGCGGCGGCGGGGGCGGGCAUGCCGGGCGGCGGCGGCCCCGCGGCGGCGCUGCGCGAGCAGGAGCGGGUGUACGAGUGGUUUGGGCUGGUGCUGGGCUCGGCGCAGCGCCUGGAGUUCAUGUGCGGGCUGCUGGACCUGUGCAACCCGCUGGAGCUGCGCUUCCUGGGCUCGUGCCUGGAGGACCUGGCGCGCAAAGACUACCACUACCUGCGCGACUCGGAGGCCAAGGCCAACGGCCUCUCGGAUCCGGGGCCCCUGGCCGACUUCCGAGAGCCCGCCGUGCGCUCGCGGCUCAUCGUCUACCUGGCUCUGCUGGGCUCGGAGAACCGCGAGGCCGCCGGCCGUCUGCACCGCCUCCUGCCCCAGGUGGACUCGGUGCUCAAGAGCCUACGCGCGGCCCGGGGCGACGCGGAGGACGAGCCCGGCGAGCACGGCUCGGACGGGGUUGGCGAGGAGGACGCCGAGAAGGACGGCUCCGGCCCGGAAGGCAGCGGCGCCGAGUCCCGGGCCGGCGAUGGGCUGGGCUUCAGGGCCCAGGAGGAACUGCUGCUGCUCUUCACCAUGGCUUCGCUGCACCCGGCCUUCUCCUUCCACCAGCGGGUCACCCUGCGGGAGCACCUGGAGAGGCUCCGCAGCGCGCUCCGCCGGGGCCCCGAGGACGCGGAGGUGGAGGUGGAGCCAUGCAACUUUGUUGGCCCCCGGGCCCAGAAUGACUCUGCUCACGGUGAUUAUGUGCAAGCUAAGGAGGCCAGUUUAAUAGAACACGCCUCAAUACCUCAUGACGGACUUACUGUGGCACCUCAUAGAACCCAGCGAGAAGCUGUACACAUUGAGAAGAUAAUCUUGAAAGGAGUCCAGAGAAAAAGGGCUGACAAAUAUUGGGAGUACACCUUUGAAGUAAAUUGGUCUGAUCUUUCAGUCACAACAGUAACAAAAACCCACCAAGAACUACAGGAUUUUCUACUGAAGCUUCCCAAGGAACUGUCUUCAGAGACUUUUGACAAGACCAUCCUGAGAGCCCUGAAUCAGGGGUCACUGAAGCGGGAGGAACGGCGACAUCCUGAUCUGGAGCCCAUCUUAAGGCAGCUAUUUUCAACCUCAUCACAAGCUUUUCUCCAGAGUCAGAAAGUCCACAGCUUUUUUCAAUCCAGAUCCUCAGACCCUCGACACAGCCUCAAUAAUUUACAACCUUCUCUGAAGACUUCCAAGAUAUUAGAACACUUAAAAGAAGACAGCUCAGAAGCUUCAAGUCAAGAAGAAGAUGUAUUACAGCACACCAUAAUACAUAAGAAGCACACCGGGAAGAGUCCCACAGUGAACACCGUUGGUACAAGUUGUUCUCCAUUGGAUGGGCUCUCCGUGCAGUAUUCUGAAGAGAAUGGCAUUGUGGACUGGAGGAGCCAAAGCUGCACUAUGAUUCAGCACCCAGAGCACUGUGCGACCUUAGCUGACCAGCAUUCAAGUGAAAAACGAAGCUUAUCUUCAAUAAAUAAGAAGAAAGGAAAGCCACAAAUAGAAAAAGAGAAAAUUAAGAAAACUGACAACAGAUUGAAUAGUAGAAUAAAUGGUAUUAGACUCUCCACGCCUCAGCAUGCCCAGGGUGGUUCUGUGAAAGAUGCGAAUUUGGACAUUGGAUCUGGACAUGACACAUGUGGAGAAACAUCUUCAGAGAGUUACAGUUCUCCCUCUAGCCCACGACAUGAUGGAAGAGAGAGUUUUGAAAGUGAAGAAGAAAAAGACAGAGGUUUGCUCUUUGGAGUGAACAUGGGGGUAGUGGAGGACACAGACAGCAAUUCUGACGAUUCUGGGAAUCCAUUGGCAACCAGGUUUACAACUUACAGCUCUGUCAACCAGGCUGUCACUGUCCAGCCACCUGUGGAAAUGGCCUCCUUAGGAAACGACAACGGAAGCCUUUUAGACGAUCCCUUAAACUCACCCAAGUAUCAGCAUAUUUCUUUUAUGCCAACUUUACACUGUGUCAUGCACCACGUUGCCCAGAAGUCUGAAGUUGUCGUUCCUCCCCCCAAAUCUGCUGAUGGCAAAACAAUAGGCAUGCUUGUUCCGAGUCCUGUUGCUAUUUCUGCAAUUAGGGAGUCCACCAGUGCGACCCCUGUUGGGAUAUUAGGACCAGCAGCUGCUGCUGGUGAAUCAGAAAAGCACCUGGAACUGCUGGCUUCCCCUCUGCCUCUUCCAUCAGCGUUCCUUCCUCAUAGCAGUACUCCUGCUUUGCACCUAACGAUUCAGAGGCUGAAGCUGCCACCGCCGCAGGGAUCUUCCGAGAGCUGCCCGUUGAACGUCCCUCAGCAGCCAGCUGGGAGUCUGAGCAUCGGAUCACCAAACACAGCCUUCAUUCCUGUCCAUAAUCCGGGCAGUUUCCCAGGAUCUCUUGGUGCUGCCACGGACCCCAUCACCAAAUCUGCAUCCCAAGUGGUAGGACUCAAUCAAAUGGUGCCUCAAAUUGAGGGAAACACAGGGACAGUCCCUCAGCCUACCAAUGUGAAGGUAGUUCUUUCAGCAGCUGGCCUCUCAGCUGCACAGCCACCAGCUCCCUACACCCUCCCGGGCUCUCCCCUCGCUGCCAGUGUGUUAGCCAGCCAGAAUUCCAGUGUGCUCAGCACAGCGUCCACCUCCACCCAGUCCGCGGGAGCCGGCAUGAGUCAGGCCCAGUCUGCAGUCCCUCCUGCGGUUCCUACCCACACCCCAGGCCCCGCCCCCAGCCCAAGCCCUGCUCUGACACACAGUACUGCACAGAGCGACAGCACCUCUUACAUCAGUGCUGUGGGAAACACGAACGCUAAUGGGACAGUGUUGCCGCCGCAGCAGGUGGGCUCAGGUCCUUGUGGUUCUUGUGGGCGAAGGUGCAGCUGUGGGACCAAUGGAAACCUUCAGCUAAAUAGUUACUAUUAUCCUAACCCAAUGCCAGGACCUGUGUACCGACUCCCGUUCUUCCCUCUGCCAUCCCUCUGCAAUGGCAGCUACCUCAACCAAGCACAUCAGAGCAAUGGAAACCAACUUCCUUUCUUUCUGCCUCCGACACCAUAUGCAAAUGGACUGGUGCAUGACCCUGUCAUGGGGAACCAAGCCAGCUAUGGCCUGCAGCAGGUGGCAGGAUUUGGGAGAUACUAUCCCGUAUAUGCAGCACCCAGUGUAGUUGCCAACACGAGUGGUUCGGGGCCCAAGAAGAAUGGGAGUGUUUCAUGUUACAACUGUGGUGUAAGCGGACACUUUGCACAGGAGUGUAAGCAGUCGUCCAUGGAGGCCAGUCAACAAGGCACUUACAGACUGAGAUACGCACCUCCCCUCCCCCCUUCUAAUGACACGUUGGACUCUGCAGACUGAACCGAGUAAAGCUUGCCUACCUACCUAACACACUGAAGUGUGGGGAGUCAUGGUGGGGUGUGGAGGGGAGGAAAGGAAAGGUAUUUUGUUUGUGUUUUUUUGUCUGUACAUUUCUGAGAUGUCUACGCAGUUGGGGUUUUUCGUUUUCUCCUGUACUGAUGUCCAAAACAAAAAAAAAGAAUGCAUUGCUUUUGAGCCUCUGGUCUCCUGGUUCAACAACAGGCUUAUUUGUAUGAUUCAUGUUAAACAUCCAAACAGACUAUCAAAAGGAAAAUGGAUGCGUGGUUUUUUCUUUACACUGAAUCCUUGCUGUGUGUAAUGUUUACUGAAUUUCUAAAACUGUGUAUCUGACCUUUUUUGUUUUUUUUACAACACUAGUGACAGUCGUAUGGUUUUGAAAAAUACUUUGCUUCUUCCCCAGCUUUUCUCACUUUCAUCCUAAAGCACACCUUUCUCCCCCCCACCCCCGUGUUCCAGUGGCACGCUGCAUGGGGCGGACGGUGCUUUGGCCCACACUUCUGUAAACUGCUCUACACAUGAAUUGAGGGUAAACUGUUUCACCUUCAUCAUAGGGGAGAAAUCAGCACCACAUAAAUACAUACAUGCAGCACUUGUUUUCCAAAUAAAAGUUAAAAUAAGUGGAAGAAGUGAAACCAUAUGAAACUGAAAAAAUAUGAUGUAUGAAGUGGACAAAGAGCUUUUUCUUACAAACAAACAACUUUUUACUUCAUCAUACUUUUGUAGCCUGUUGCUCAGAGAGACAUAAAGUGAACAAACUAGUGUGAAUACUGUCCUCCGUGUUUGUGUUGGCAAUGGCAGUCGACAGCCUAGUUUACUUGUAGUCUACCAUGUGUCCUGCUGAGACACUACCUGAGCGAAGAUCGCUUCUUUUCCUCCACCAACUGUUACAGUGUUCUGUUGUGUUGAAAUGUGUGUGGUUUAUUGCAGUCUGAACAGAAGCUCUGCAUUUCUGCAAAAGUCAGGUAUUUGUUCCUAAUCUGUCUCUCGUAGCAAAGUCACUUUUAUACCAGUUUACCACUGUGCUUGAUUAUAAUGUGAAAGACUGAAUUUGGAGUGUGUUAAGAUGGUAUUAAUCAUGUCGGUGUCAUGUCACUAAGUUUAAUGCUGCUGUUUAAAAAAAAAAGAUUUUUUUAAAAGCCAAUCUCUGUACUAAACUGCUUCCAGGUAAUAUUUGAUUUCCUAAAGUGCACUGAGGUUAUCUGGAGAUUGGGUGUGUUUGUGGACUGCUGCAUUCAACGGCAAUGAGCACCUGCCGCUGUAUGGUCAUGAGUAAGGGGUUUGGGUCUGUUCCUGUCCCUCAGCACAGAGCAGACACAAAAGGCUUCUGUUGUGCAAGGCAACAUUGGUGCGCAGCAAGGAACCUGGUCUUGCUUCAGAAGCCGAACAGAUUGCUAGACAAGAGGAAAAACUUGAAGAAAAAGAAGCUUCAUCCAAUGCUUCCUAGAUAUCAUUUCUAUUUAUAGCACCAAUGUACAUUUUGAAACUUUAUUUCAGGGGUGGGGAUUAAAGGGGGAGGGACGGGUAUGAAGGGAUAGAUGAAAGCUUUAAUUUAAAAAGAAGAAAAAGUUUGAGUAAAGGAAAUUAUUUUGAUUAAUUAUAUUUUAUUUGAUCUGGGUAUUUUGGACCACAUUAUUAAAUUAAUUGUUAAGCUACAGUUGAGUUGUUCAAGUGAGAGUUUUGAUAAGCCACGUAUGGACCGCGUUGUGAAUCACUCGCCAGUUGUACUUUAUGGAGCUUAUUUUAUGAUUUUAAAUACUGUACUGUACAUAGGAGGUGUGUUGCCUUCUCCUUAUUUGUAUGUUUACCAUAUACUUUGAUAUUUGAAAUGUUAUGUACUGGAAAGGCCACUUAUAUUUCUAGAACAGAUUGGAUUUUAUGCAACCUUUUUUCCUUGAAUUAACAGCAAUAAAAAAAUGAAAAGCA